AUGGCUAGCAAGUCGGUCACAAUCACUAGGCGACAUAACACCCCCAUUUCGUUGCAUACUUCAACACAAUGGAUAGAAAAUAAGCAAACGGACCAUGAUUCCGUAUACAAUGCACAAGAGGACAAGUCGAGCUUCAUGCAGAGGCUCGCUUACCACUGUGUCACAUUAUGGAUGUUCACAAAGAGUGAUAUGCCCACCUCCACUGGCAUCAACACCACGUUUGCUAUCGCAGGGAUUCUGGCCGGCCCAGGAACCAUCUGCAACGCAGAUAUCCACUGGUCAGAUAUGGGCAAAGGGAUCCUUGUGGCUCUCUACUUUACCUGGCAUUUGACCUUGUGUUUCAAUCUCGGAAACCAACGUCAGCCUCAAUCUGUCAUCGAGGAUGGCGCAAACAAGCCUUGGCGACCCAUUCCAGCUGGUCGAAUCUCACCUGAGUUGACCCAUCUGUGGCAGCUGACGGCGAUUGCAACACUCCUGGUGUUGUGCUACACUGUCAUGGGGGGCUGGCAAGAGACUUGCUUCUACCUCUUUUGCACAUGGCUCUACAACGAGCGUGCUUGGGGUGACAAGAGCUGGUGGCAGCGCGCCCUGAUGAAUGGUUGUGGAAUCACCACCAACCGCGUGGCAACUCUCCGUGUAGCUGUCAUGGCCAUCCAGGCCAACACGGAUGUUGACUUCGAGUUCACCAACAAGGGUCUAGGCUGGUUUCUAAUGUCUGCCGCCCUGGUCGUCACCACCAUCCAGGUUCAAGACCUGCGCGACCAGGAAGGCGACAAACUGAUCGACCGCCAGACCUUUCCACUAAUUCUUGGCGACGCCCCGACACGCUGGAUCACGGCUACGGCUGUUUGUAUUUGGUCCGCGGUCUGCCCCCUUUACUGGGGUCUCGGCGUCGUGGGCUGCAUGCUGCCCAUGGUUACUGGGGCUCUUGUAGCAGCACAUAUGCUCAUCUGCCGCACUCGUAAGAGUGAUCAGACAAGCUUCCGACUCGUGGCAGCUUGGUGGGUCUCACUCUAUUUCCUCCCCAUGAUGAGUGCGCGAGGAUUGUAA